AUUUUUUUUUUGUUCAAAUAUGAAUUAUAUUAAUAUUUCGCAGGAUAAAAAAAAUAGCAAAGCAAAGUGAACCUUGAAUGUGUUUGAAGCUUUAUGUAUUUUCAUUUGUGAAUGGUGUGUACCCCUGGCUUUAAAGUUUGUAAGUUUAUAUGUGUUUAUAUGUUCUGUUGAAAAAAGACGGUUUAUGCUCGCGCCAGACCACUUGAUCCGACCCAGAUCUGACCACGCCUAAGCUGCACCACACUCCAGUAGGUGGCGGUAAUGUACAUUCCAUGCAGCGGUGGGCUUUCAAUAAACACCAUCGAAGAAGCUCGUUGCGGAAACUGCAGCGGGAAAUGGAGGUUGUUCUACAAAACUCCCGACUUGGUUUUAAAAAAAAAAAAGACACACACAGCGAACGCGCACGGUCGUUCAUUCGCCGCCGAGAACUACGAAGUUAUAUCCAAUUAAAUUAAUGAAUUUAAGUAAUUAAUUAAUGAAUCGGUAAAUAACUUGUGGAUUGCAUCUUGCAGUGUAUCCUGUGUACUUCUGUUCAUGAGGACUUAUGUGGUCAGUAGUCGGCAUCAAAACCUGCCUCCUGAAGGCUUGCUGAGGAUCUGAAUUUUAACCACACGAGCUGCACUUCUACACACCUUUGAGCAGCAGUAUGAUGCAGGCAGGAGUCUGUCUGAGACAGGACACUGAGACAACACUACCAGAGCUCACUGAGCAACACAGGACCAGACAGAAAGAAGAGGAACUCAGUGGACUGGAGCCUGUCCACAUGGCAGAGUCAGAGUGUGCUGCACCAGGACUGAACACACUGGAGCCAGAGUGUGUUACAGCACACAGUGGGGUCAGUGAUGUACAUCACACACACACAUCACUUAAAACAGAAACUGAUCUGGGCUCUGCCCACACUGGGGAUCUUACUAAGACUGAGAGCUUAGACAGUGCAGAGCUGCGAUGUAUAAGCCAUCUGCAUUCUGACCAAACCAAAACAGAGUCUGUUGAUGGUGGAUAUGUUAAGGUAGAACACAUCAGUGAAUUACAGGAUAUUAAAUAUGUUAAUAUUAAAUCAGAUCAAAUCAAGUAUGAAUCCAGUGAAUGUUUGGUGAGUGACAUCAUGAAUACUGUGAUGAACGGAGCUGCUGUUGGUCACAAAGACCAGACUGAAUCAGGGCAAUGUGCAGGAGAGCCAAACCAAAACUGUAAAAAUGAAGAAAUUCAUCAUCUGCUGACCCAAUGUGGGGAUUUAGAUCAUAACUGUGCUCUAAAAAAUGAGAAUACUCAGCCCAGCAUUGUCCUACAGAAAAGUACAAACAGUCGGAAAAAGACAAUUCGCAGAAAUAAAGGAAAAAUUUAUACAGAUGAAAAGCCAUAUAGGUGUACACAAUGUGAGAAGUGUUUUUCACAGAAAAGUGUUUUAAGUGUCCACAAGAGGAUUCAUACAGGUGAAAAGCCGUACAGGUGUACGCAGUGCGAGAAGUGUUUUUCACAGAGAAGUACUUUAAUAUCCCACAAGAGGAUUCAUACAGGUGAAAAGCCAUUCAAAUGUACUGAGUGUGAAAAGUGUUUUUCACAGAAAGGUGCUUUAAAUUGCCACAAGAGGAUUCAUACAGGUGAAAAACCCUACAAAUGUACUGAGUGUGGGAAAGGAUUUUCCCGAAUUCUUUAUUUACAUCGCCAUCAGAGUAAUCGUACAGCACCCAUGAUAAUUAACUCAACAAAAAACCCAGACCUGUUGCAUUUCCUUCAACAGAAGACAAUUUGCAGAAAUAAAAGUGAAAUUGGUGUAGGCGAAAAGCCAUACAGGUGUACACAUUGUGAGAAGUGUUUUUCACAGAAAGGUAGGUUAAAUAUCCACAUAAUAACUCAUACAGGUGAAAAACCCUACAAAUGUAUUGAGUGUGGUCAGCGUUUCAAUUUUAAAUCUUAUUUAAAUAUACACAUGAGAAUUCAUACAGGUGAAAAGCCCUACAAAUGUAUUCAGUGUGAUAAGCGUUUCAAUGUUAAAUCUUAUUUAAAUUCACACAUGAGAACUCAUACUGGUGAAAAGCCCUACAGAUGUAUUCACUGUUGGAAGUGCUUUGCACAAAAAGGUACUUUAAUUCGCCACCAGAGUAUUCAUACGGCACCCAUACCUAAUUCAAGUAAAAACCCAAGCCUAAUUCAACAAAACAGAAGUAAAAUUAAUACAGGUGAAAAGCUGUACAAAUGUACUCAGUGUGGGAAAUGUUUUUCAAAGAAAAGCCUUUUAACUUACCAUAAGAUGAUUCAUACAGGCGAAAAGCCAUAUAAAUGUACUCAGUGUGAGAAGUGUUUUAGACAGAAACGUGCUUUAAAUUGCCACAAAAUGAUUCAUACGGGUGAAAAACCCUACAAAUGUACUGAGUGCGGGAAGUGUUUUUCCCAAAAUAGUGUUUUAAAUUACCAUAAGGUGAUUCAUUCAAAGGAAAAACCCUACCAGUGUACACAGUGUGAGAAGUGUUGUCAUUCCAAAUCUGAUUUAAAAAGACACAUGAGAAUUCAUACAGGUGAAAAACCCUACAAAUGUACCGAGUGUGGGAAAUGUUUUUCACAGAGAAGUACUUUAAAUUACCACAUAACGAUUCAUAAAGGUGAAAAACCCUACAAAUGUACCGAGUGUGGGAAGUGUUUUUCACAGAAAAGUGCUUUAAAUAGCCACAAUCUCAUUCAUUCAGGUGAAAAGAACUAGAAUUAGUGUAAUCUGUGUUGGAAAUGUUUUAAUACAAAAUCCAAGUUAAAUAUUAAUGAGCGUACAGAUUAAAAGCCCUAAUCUGCAUGCUGUUCAGUGUGAGGACAGGUGUUUUGACUAAUGGAAUUUUCCAGUGUUCAACUAAACAUACUGGAAUUAAGUAUUUGAGCUCAGAAUUAGGAUUUUUUUGCAUCACUUUAUAUAUAUAUAUAUUUGGAUGCACUGUUGUAAGAAAUUUUGUCUGUUGCAAACUUGUAUUCUGAAAAUGAACUUACAGUACUGGCCUUUCGGUUCUGUUACACAUUAAAACCUCUACAUUGGUAGUAUGUGUGCUAAAGCUAGUGUAAUUCAACUUCUGACAGUAAGUUUUAUUAUUCAUUAGUUGAUGAUCUUUGUUUUACUCUUUAUUAUUUUUUGUUGUUUAUCAAUUCUGCAUUAAAUAAUUUUACACUGUGAAUGUACUCAUUCCAAGGCCUCUGCCAUGUAAAUAUUUAAAUAAACUCUUACAUUCUUCAA